CUGUUAACACCUCCUUUCUGCCCCCAUCCUCUGCCACACCAUCGCCCACCUCGGCUCAGGCCCUGGCCCUCGAAAGUGCCAGAUGUUGCUGCCACUAUUGGGCAUCUGUGCACUGUUCGGGCGCUUUUGGGGCAAGUCGUGGGAGCCUGUGCAGGGCCUCCUGACGGAUGGCUGUGGCUGCGGAGACCCCCGCUGCUGCGGCAACCUCUUCAUCCUGUGCCUCUUCCUGCUCUGGCAAAUCCGGCAGAGGUUCAGGAACCCCAAGAACCCGGCCAUCAAGAAGAAAGGCCUCGAGGUGUCCCUGCUGAAGUGGGCAGUACCUCCCUGGUGCCGCUUAGCCAUCCCCGUGCCAUCUCCCAGACUCUCCAUCUGCCCCUGUACCCAAAAGCGCCUGGAAAUCCAUGUCCAGAAGUUAGUACACCGGCAAAAGUGGGGCCCCCCCCAGAAGCUCCGGGAAUCUUGGGCCCAGUUCCUGCUGUCCCAGCUGCCAGGACACACGGGCCUUGAGGAGUCUGGUCAGCCUGGUGCCUGCUCCCCACUCUUCCCAAGCACCUGCAGGUGUCUGGAGGAAUACCAUAAGGAGCUCUAUCACCUGGGGGGCUGGCAGUUUGCCUGGGGCUUCUGCAACAUCCAGGCUCAUCUUCUCUGCAAGGUCCCCCUGUCCCAAGUUCUAGAGGGGCCGGGCUGGAUGGAACAGGCCCAGGAGAGAACGUCCCUCCCGGCACCUCUCCCAGCCUCCAGGGAGAGCCCCCUUCGAAGUUCCCCCCAAGCUCCCGAGAGCACACCUGGCCGCUCUCUGCUGUCUAUUGAGGGGCCGUGCCCGCCCGUGGACCGGCACGGGGGAGCGCCGAAGGCCCAGGAGCUGGAGAAGGUGGACCAGCAGCUGGUCAGGGCUGAAGACUCCCUGACAGGCCAGACCUUGCAGAUGGAGGAGGAGCUGGCGGCGGGGAAAGAUGCUUUAGAGGCUACUUCUCAAAUCAGCUGCGCAGGAGGGGAGAGUCACCCGUACCAAGACGCCAGCUUCCCGUGGGGCUCCGCUUUGGAGGAUGCUGACUCAGACAUGUCGGAGCAGGAGCUGGAGGCCACCGGGAGGGCUUCUGACACCACUCCUCUGACACAGCCCCUGCUCCAAAUGGGGAAGGGGCUCUGGCCCCCCGGAAAGGAGGAAGAUCUUCAAGACAUCCGCAAGGGCCUCCCUGAAAGGGGGCCCAGGACAGGGAGCGGCACUGGUCAGCACCAGCAGCGUGGCCAAACCGGGGGCAUCGGCCCGGAGCCCGGUCCCCAGGACCCCCCUCCGCCGGGCUGGCAGCCAGAAAGCCAGACUCCGACUCCUCCUCCCGUUUUUGUGAGCCCCUCAGAAGACAGUGACUGCGCCCCAACAGUCUCAGACACCGAUUCCAGGGAGGUCACGUCUACUCACGAAGUGCCCCCCAAGCGGCCAACCCUAAAGAAGAGCUCCCGGCUCCUUCUGGAGUCCCUCAUGCGCCGGAAGAUCGCCCACCUCAAGUGGGGUCUCCCCCGGAGGAUCCAGGAGUCCGAGUGGCUGUUUCAGCUGAUGGGGCCCUCUUCCCCUUCCAAUACCGGCAUGCAGAGUUCCAGCUCCGGAGAAGAUGAGACCAGUAAGGAAGAGGGAAGGACCCCGGCCAGGGAGCACAGCCUGGGAGAACUGGCGACCCAAAGCAGCAGCUGUGCGGCAGGGGGCACCCCGGCCUGCCAGGCCCCGAGCCUUCCAAAGGCUGCCAGGGGUACCCCCGACCCCGUGCUGCAGCCAUUUAUCCAGUUCAAGGAGAGACUCAAGUGCCAAGAGAAAGAAGCCCAGAAGCUGCCCUUGCCACCCAGAAAGAGGAAAGGGAAAAACGACCCAGAUUGCGCAGACCUGAGGGCCUUCCCCAUCAGCCUUGACGAAGUGAAGGGGCCCAAACAGUCCCCGAACCUGUGGGGGCUCCAAGACCUCUGCGACGAGGCUCUGUCUCGGGCCAUGCUGCCGGUUCUCAUAGACUGCGCCAGGAAGCCCAGCCCCCAGGCAGCCGCCGCCCGGAAGCAGACGGGACCCAGCCCCAAAGACCCCCCGAUCUCCAUGGCCUGGGAGUGGAGGGUCAGCCAGGAGGCGGCCGAGGAGGCCUCUUCCAGGAGCAGGGAGAGCAGCUCCGAGCCAAGGCCAGGCCCUUCGAAUGAAGCCCCCAGAGACUUUGAGAAGCCGGGGAACUCGGGGCCCAAGGCCGGCAUCAGAGCUUGGUCUCCCAGUCGCAUGAAAAAGGCGCUGAACCCCAAGGUCUUCCAAGACAACCAAGCUCUGCCCUGGGCCAUGGUGUGCCACUGGUCGAUGCCUUCGGCCUCUCAGUCGCAGAACACGAGCGACUCUUCGGGGGACACCCCCCAGAGCCACAGCUCAGAGGCCCACCUCCUGCCGGCCGAACACCGAAAGCGGACCUUCCGGUCUCAGGGAGGCAGGGCCGCCGAGCUGGGGGCUUCCUCCUACUCCCCGGGCAGGGCCAAAGGGCCCUUCCGGAGCGUGGCCCUGAGGCUGGGCACGGCCUUCAUGAACAAGAUGCCCUGGGCCCCGAGGCGGGCCAGCUCGGCCACCUCCGUCUCCAACCACAGCCAGUGCCAGGAGGAUCCCGACCUCCUGAGGGGGGCCGAGAGCGCCGCCCUAUCCCAGACCGCCCUCUCCGAGAAGUCCUGGAGCCGGGACGAGGGCGAAGGCUCUGACCACAGAGGGCUCGCCAGGGGCUACACGUACCUGGACUUGGAGAGGGACUCCCAAGCCCCGGAUCAGUCGUCCUGCGAUGACGGGACCGGGGAGUCCUCCGCGCAGGCUUCCCAGAGCGACCGCGUCCCUCCCAAGUCCAGCUGGGCCAAGCGGCUGAGGUAUCUGCUGACCAGGCUCAGCCUCCACAAAUAGGCCCCACCUUCAGAUCCUGUGCCAGAGAACACCUGGUGUGCCCUGCUCUUUCCAAAGCCUCUAGUAAAAAUUGCUUUUUCAGGCU